AUGUCUGAUUCAGUACACUUUACCAAUUCUAAUUCAAAACAAAAAGACUCACUAUCACAUAACUCAUUAAGAUCAGCAACUCUUUCAACUUAUUUUUCAAAAUUUAAAAAUUCAUUAUUUCAAAAACCAAAAUUAAUACAAUUAUUGUUUAAUAGAAAAUCUUUGAAUGAUACUGAUUCAAAAUUACAAUCGACAGUAAAACCAAAUAAAACAUCAACUCAAAUAGAUUUCGAUGAGCCUUUAACGAACGGUCAAAUUUCAGGUCAAAAACGAAAAUCUUUAUUUGAUAACGAACAAUUAGCUAGGAAUAAAGUUCCAAGGUCUUCUAUUGCUGAAGAUUUAAUACCAUCAACUAAACAUAGAUCAUAUCUGACUAUUUUUUAUGAUUUUACUACAAAUGAAGAAAUUUCAAGAAAUAAUCUCAGUUCCAAGGAAAACCAAAUCAUCAAUAAACAACUACUUCAGGUCGGAGAUAUCGAUGAUGCUAAUAUCUCGUCUAGAGAUGAGUCCCCGUUAAAUGAUGUACUGAACGACAAUCAUCAUAAUCUAAUAGCUGAUUUUAACAACCAUGAAUCCAAUAUUUAUUACGACGAGGAAAGAGGUCCAGCUCGACCCCCUUUUAUAAAUUUAGAUCCGAAAGAAAGAUACCAAUUGUUACAACUCAAAAAAUCAAUUGAAGCAUCAGAAUCAUUACAAAAAAGAAUCAAGUAUAUGGUGAACCCUAACGAAACGUCUUGUGAAAUUAUUAAAGGAUCAAAUAAGGUUAAUAGCUCUACUCAAACACAUAAUUUUGAUUUUUUAAGUUCCAAAUUACAAAGGAAAAGAGUUUCGGACACUCCUAAGGACAAUUUAGCUCUAGAUACAAAAAAACGAAAAACUAAAGGGUUUUUUCUCAAGGACUACAUGUAUGAUGUUGAUGAUUCGAAAAUAACGAAAGGUUCGUCGUCGGUAGAGACAAACUUGAGUCAAAUAACUCAACCAAAAUUUUUUGAGAAACCAGCAAAGAAUGGGUCAUUUGAUGUCGAUGCUAAAGAAGAUGAGGAUGUGAUGUUCAAAAAGUUUGGAAUUCUGAAGAAUAAGAAUCAUCAUAAAGAUACUAAAAAUCAAAGUUUAAAAUUGGAUCCUGAAUACUUGAAAAAGACAGAGUCAAUUGCAGAUUAUAUUAAACUAAAAGAUGACGUGGAGAAAAAUAUUAAAAAAGAUCAAUCCAUUCCUUCUGCUGGAUUCAAAUUUGACAUCAAUAAAAAUGAUAUUUCCGGAUUAAAAAAAGAUUCAGCAGUCCAGAACUUGAAAAUUUUAAAUAACAACUUAAAAAACGAAACUUUUAAUGGAAAUAAUUUAGCAAUUGAACAACAAAAGAGCAAUGACAUUUUGAAAUCUGAUUCUACUAAAAUUGAUCCUACAAAAAGUGUUGAUAAUAAUGAUUUCAAAAAAAAGAGGGAUGACACUUAUAACUUUCCGGUAAUUGAGUCAAAGAUUGAAACAAGUGAAACGUUUCCUUCAAUUCAAAAUAAAGUGAAUUCUUCAGUUUUUGGAGCUUCUACAAAGGAUAAGGUUGAUUCAAACACAUUAUCAAAUGUUCAAAUCAUAACCGAUAAUGACGAUUCUUCUUUACUGAACAAUAUUAAAGAAUCUCAAGUUAGUUCUGAAGGAGGCGAAGGAAAAGAGAAUAAAAAAUGCAAGAACCAAUCUUCAGAUUCAUCAUCUACAUUUGAUACCUCAAAGAACAAUCAAAAAAUAACAUCUAUUCAAUCUAAACCUGCAUUUUCAUUCAAUCUUCCAAAGACUAUUGAUUCAAAAGAAGAGAUAAAGGAAGCGAAGCUCGACUUAUUAGAUAACAAUGAUAAAAAAUCCUCAUCGUCUACUGAUAAAAGGUCUUUUGAAUUUGCAGCUGGAAUAACACCUCCUUCCACAACUAAAACCACUCCAUUGUUUAAUUUUGGAAAAAACACAAACCCAUCAUCUUCAACUAUGUUUGGUCAAAAUUCUAGUGCUAUGUUUGGUGCAAAGGGAAAUAUAUCUAAUAAUUCAAGUCCAAACUCAAACGUAUUUAGUGGAUCAACGACGAACAUUCAAAAUGAUCAAAAAAUUGGUAUAAAUAGUAGUCCAAAUACUUCUACCACUUUCAAUUUUGGUAAUGCUGGUAAUCAAAGAAAUAACAUUAGUUUUGAAAUUCCGAAACCUACAAUUCCACAGCUGUUUAAUUUUUCUGGUAGUAAAGAACCCACACCAGAUCCUGCAACCAUCUUUGGUCAAAAUAAAGCACCUAAUGGUAUUAAUAGUCGAUCAACAUCUCCUUUUUUUAAUAAUACGAUAGGAUUUGGACAAGCUUCACAACCACAACCACAACCACAACCACAACCACAACCACAACCACAACCACAACCACAACUACCUCCACAAAAUCAAUCAUCAAUAUUUGGUCAAGGAUUUUCAGGAAAUAGUAACGCUAUGGGGGGAAAUACGUUCUCAUUUGGUAGUAAUACUAUCACUCCUUCAGCUCCAAUGCCAAAUCCAAGAAGAAUAAUUCAACCAAGAUCAAGAAGACGCUGA